GCGGAGAAAUUUUAAAAAAAAUAAAAAAUACCAAACAUAAAAACACUUUUACAUAUAUUCCAUUUUUCCUCUCACUUGCUUUCUUUCUCCAAUCCAAGAUUCAUCUCAACUCAACAAUGAGCACCCAAAUCCUUCACAAACUGUGGCACCAAAGAAUCAAUACAACCCCUUUGAAUAGCAAGAGAUUUUAUGGGUUAAUACCAAUGGUAAUUGAACAUUCUUCAAGAGGAGAAAGGGCAUAUGACAUAUUCUCAAGGCUCUUAAAGGAGAGAAUUAUAUGUAUCAAUGGUCCAAUUAAUGAUGCCACUUCUCAUGUUGUUGUUGCUCAGCUUCUUUAUCUUGAAUCUGAAAACCCCUCUAAGCCUAUUCACAUGUACCUCAAUUCUCCUGGUGGUGCUGUUACUGCUGGUCUUGCGAUCUAUGAUACAAUGCAGUAUAUCCGAUCUCCAAUUAAUACUAUAUGUCUAGGUCAGGCAGCUUCCAUGGGAUCUCUUCUCUUAGCUGCUGGCGCAAAGGGUGAGAGACGAUCUCUCCCUAAUGCUUCAAUCAUGAUUCAUCAGCCUUCGGGUGGAUAUAGUGGACAGGCUAAAGAUUUGACAAUCCACACAAAACAGAUUGUUCGAGUGUGGGAUACUCUGAAUGGUUUAUAUGUGAAGCAUACGGGACAACCUAUCGACAUAAUUCAGAAGAAUAUGGAUAGGGAUUAUUUCAUGACACCUGAAGAGGCUAAGGAGUUUGGAAUAAUCGACGAGGUUAUAGAUGAAAGACCAAUGGCUUUAGUAACUGAUGCUAUUGCAAAUGAAACCAAAGAGAAAGGCUCAAGUUAGAAUUUGCAGUCACAGCGACUCCAUCGUUGUCUCUUCGUUGACGUUACCAUUUCUAACUAGUUCUCCAUUUUUGAUUUACUUUCUUGUAUUUUGUUUCAAUGAGAUGAUCAUCUCAUUACUUUGUUUUCCUAAUUAUUUGUUUUAGUGAGUUUAUGAGCUUGAUUAAUUUAAGGUACUUUUAGAUAGAAUGAUUUAAAGUAUUCUGAGCUAAGUUGAUCAAUUUAGUAACUUUUUGGACUAAUUUUGGCAGAACAACUCUUGGAUAAAUCUGAAAAUUCUUAGCACUUUGCUUGAGUAAA